AUGGCUGAAGCAACACACGAUGUCAUAUCUAUUUCCUCGUCUGAUGAUGACUCGGACUGUCAAAUCGUGAAAGUCAGACCGUCGCUUGGUGGUCGAAUCAAGAGCAAAAUGAGGUGGCAGUACCAGCCUUACAAGUUGCCAAGGCGCAGAAGGAGCAAUAAUAUUCCACGCCAGCGAAACGAAGACGUUGAUGACGAUCUCCAAGGCGAGAAACCGACAUCGAAUCGGCACACUCAACAUUAUGAGGCAGAUUUGACUGCAGUGGGUGGCGAUGCCGCUCGCAACGGUUGUUCCCAAAGCAUGGACCAGAGCAUUGAUACAUUGCGCUUUGGCUCCAUGGCCGAUCUUUCAGUUGUUAAUGAGACGAGUGAUGCCAAGACGGAAAGGUCUGUGACGACGCGUGUCGAUCCGACAGAUUCCUUGGCGAACCGACAUGAUACCGCCGAUCUGGAGCCGACGAGCAUGUUGCCUCCACCAUUUCCGUCACAAAUGCCAGAUGCCAGCAACCCGAUAUCAACUCUAGACAACAAAGACAAGCAGCGAGAGAGUCGUUCUAGGUCGUGCUCUGUAGCGACUCUCGAUUUUCCUUUGGAAAGGGCUGAUGCUCAACGGGGGGGCAUUCAGGGGUUUGAGAGAGAUGUUCAGGGGAUUGAUUCUGAUGUGCUUGAUGAGCAACGCCGGCUUGUACUUGGAGAACCGACAGUUUUAGCCGAUUGUGCCAAUCAUCCGCAUCAGUUCGCUUGCACGGCUGUCUUGCCAAAUGAAGAUUGUUCUGUAGUAGCCCUGAGAUUGGCGCCAGAAGAAUCUGUCCAAGCUGCUAUCAAGACAGAGGAAUCUCAAGAUGUCGCGGCCAGUUCACUACAGCUAAUCAGAAGGGUAUCAACCACGUCUCGUGGCCGACUGCCUCGGGUUGGGAAGCGACGGGCAUGGAGCUCGAUUAUCAACUUUGGGGCAUACGAAACAUUGCUUGGGCCGCUGUUUACGCAGCAGAAGGACAUGAUUCGUUCUGUGACUUAUGACGAUAUGAUGGAAGACAGAGCAGAGAUGAAUAAGAAGCAAGGAUGGCAAUAA